AUGGAGGAGAAGUGGUGGAAUCUUUAUGACAAAUUGUGGGUUGUUAUCAGCAAGAUGAAUGGUAAAGGACCCAACAAUAUGUUAGCCAAAACAUCACCAUUUGUAGGACCGACUCUUGGUCAAAGGGCACGUGGUUUGGUUGAGUCAUUAAACAUUCCUGCUGCUGAAGUGGCUGCAGUUGUUGUAGCAGGAGGGAUUGGUACUGCUUUGACUGCAAAACCUAACAAAAAUGUUGAUAAAGCUAUGGUCUUACGAGGAGAGAGGUGUCCUAGAAUUAUUUAUCGCCUUGUUAUUCUCUAUUUGUGUAAAUCUUCUCUGGAAAGGGCAUCACGGUGUGUCCACCAGUUUAUCUCACUUUUGCCUUGCCUUUUAAAUGCUGACGAUGAGCAAAGCAAAAGUAGGCUGCAACUUAUUAUCUGGUAA